AUGGUCAGCCGUGAGCCCGUGCCCGGCCCGGCCCCCGCCGGCGAGGGCGGCCAGGAGAAAGCCAUGACGGUGCGCUCGGUGCUGCUCAACCGCGACUCGCCCGACAUCGAGAGCCGCCUCAAGCGCCGGCGCAACCGCACGCAGCAGGUCCGCUUCAAGGACCUGGUGGAGGCCGGCGCGGGGCGGGCGGACAGCCCCGGGCCCGCGGCCGGUCCCGGCCACAACACCCCACGUGCCUCGCCGCCCCCCAGGGACCCCCCUGAGCCGGCGGCUCUCCGUGCCUCGCGGCGCAGCUGGCCCCAGGCGCAGCCGGGCUCGCUGACGCUGCCCAUGCCCAGGAAGGCGUGCAUGAGCACCGCCAUCCAGACCUCCCCCAGCCUCCAGAAGCCCUUCCCGGCCCCCCAGCCCCGCAGCAAGAGCGUCUGCGAUGUGGCGGAGGAUGCGCUACCGCCCGCCGCGGCGAGCGCCCGGUGCCCGGCAGCGGCCGUGCCCACCGUGCCCGGCUGGGCCGUGCCCCCGCGGGCCCCCGGCGGCCUCCCCGGCCACGAUCGCACCGCUGCCCUCGCCCAGCACGCCAAGGCGCGCCGCACCCCGCCGCCGCCACCACCCAGGGACCCCCCUCCCCCUUACCAGGGCACUGCCGGGUGCCCCGCUGCCCGCUGCGCCCCUCCGGUGCAAAGCUGCACCCCCGAGCCCUGCCCGCCACCCCCAGCCUGCGCCCAGCUCCGCGGGAGCCCCCGGGGCAGCCAGGGGGUCACCCCACGCCCGGCCUCCGUGCCCUGCGGCCAGCCCCGGCCGCCCGCCGAGCACCGGGGGCUCGGCCGGAGCGACUCGGAGCGGAGCCUGCCCUGCGGCCGCGCCCCGUGCCAGCCCUCGCCGCAGCGGCGGCAGCCCGUCCCCGCCACGGACACCCAGGGCCCCCUCCGGCAGCCACCUCAGGGCACCCCCCCGCGGGACCCCCCGGCCCCCCAGCACCAGCUCUGCGCCGCCAUUUGGGGGGGACCCUGCUGCGCCUCGCCAGCCCCCGUCCCACCGGCCCCACCGGGCUGGCACGGCUCGGACAAGACACCGGCCACCCCCGGCACCUGCAGCCGGCUCCGUGCCGCCCAAGCCGGGCACGGCUGGGCAGGACCCGAGGGGCCCGGGGAGCCGCCACCCACGGCCCCACAGGGCCCCAGCGUGGGGACACGAGCGGAGCCGCCCCGGCACGGCCAGCCCCGCCCUGCCGCUGAGCAGCCCGAGACGCUGCACCACGUCCAGGACCUUCUGCAGCUGGUGGUGGUGGCCAAGGGGCCCGUGGGACCACCAGCGAGGGCUGAGGACGCCCGGACAUCUCAGGGAGAGGGCCCCCGGGGGCCCGGGGAGCAGGGAGACCUGCAUUCCCAGCUGCAGUCCCUGGAAGGGGUGCUGGAGACCAGCCAGCAAACCAUCCGGGUGCUGCUGGACGUCAUCCAGGACCUGGAGAAGAAGGAGGCGCAGCGGGAUGGGCGCCACUCGUACCGGACCGGGCAGGACAUCGCCAACUGCGGGACCUGCCGGGACUGUGCCUGCAUCAUCUACAGCGUGGAGCACGAUUUCCGACAGCAGGAAGGUCGCUUCCAGCGGGUGCUGAGCCACAUCGAGGGCGACGCGGGGCCGAGCUCCCCCCCGACGGCGCUGGGGGCGGCGGGGGUGGCGCUGGGGGCGGCGGGGACCCCCUCACCGCCCAGGCAGGAGCCGUCGCCCGUGUCGAGGCUGCCGGCAAAGCUGGACGUGAAGAAAUCGCGGCGCAAAUGCUUCUGGUUCCUGUGAGCCCGGAGCGCGGGGGCGCCGUCCCAGCACUGAGCCCCUGCCCACCUCUCCUCCCUCCCUCGGUAGGGUUUGGGUAGCACCAGCUUUUCUAUUUUUAACCAUUCCGUUGAACGCGGGGAGCUCGGGUGUGUGGAAACGGCGAGGGGAGCAGCGGCUGUAUUUAAGGAGAAUUCAAUAAAUUCCAAGGAGACGCUAUUUUUGUUA